AAGAGGUGGCCUGUUUGCCUUUGCCUUUGCCGGUCCGUGCUCCUUGCUCUCUCGUCCCACCUCCGCAUAUUGAGCCUAGGUUUUCUCCCGCCCCAUCAAAAAUUUGGUCUUCCCUAUUUAUUUUUGUAAAUCUAAAAUUAAAAUUAAUUAGUUUUGUGUGCAGUGCAGCUUCAUUUUUAUGGUUUUAUUUUAUCAUUAUAGGGAAACAAUGGUUUGUUCUACUUUUGUUUCUUUUUCUUAUUGGAAGAAAAAGCUAGAUCUGUUUGUUAAGAUACACUAAUCCUAAGAAUUUAAGACCAACAAAAAAAGAGCCUCAAAUCAUCAUCAUCUGAUUCAAAACUGAAUCACUCAAAAUACCAACACAAGAUACACACAUACGUAGGCAUAUUUAAAAAAAUACGUACACAGUACAUUUAAAAUAUAGAGUGAGAUCAUAUUGAAGCAUGUGGAGAAGGUUGCGGUGGUUCGAGGCUUUGAAGCAGGGCGUGUCUGCGGCCGCUGGGAGGAGGCUUCCGUCUUCCCCGCUGAACCCGCUGCUGUUGCGAGAAGCGACAUUGAGAACCAAUUCAGUAUUCCGUGGUGCAAAAAGUUGGUUAUCUUCAUCUUCUAAUGCCAAUGCAACCUCAGAUUCCAAAAAGGCAGGAACAGGAGUAGACAGCGUAACAUUUGCGGAGGCCAAGAAGCUGAUGAGGCUGGUCAACGUGGAAUCACUCAAGACCAAGCUAGGGACGGAAAGCAAAGAAGUGAUCGGCUACUCGGAGUUGUUAACGGCGUGCAAGAGCAUGGGCAUUGCCAAAUCUCUGAACGAGGCCAUCGCUUUUGCACUUGUUCUCGAUGAGGCAGGCAUCGUACUUCUAUUCCGCGACAAAGUUUAUCUUCAUCCUGAUAAAGUGGUAGAUCUGAUUAGAAGAGCAGUACCUCUUGCUUUGGCUCCUGAAGAUGACCCAAUAAGAGAUGAGCUAAAGAGGUUGCAAGAGAAGAAGGAAGAAAUUGAUGUGCUAGCACAUAAGCAAGUUCGUCGCAUCCUUUGGAGUGGUCUGGGAAUAAUUGGGGCACAAUAUGGAUUGUUCUUCCGGCUAACAUUUUGGGAAUUCUCAUGGGAUGUAAUGGAACCUGUUGCUUAUUUUACCACAGCCAUUGUCGUAGGCAUAGGCUAUGCUUACUUCUUGUUUACUUCAAGAGAUCCCACAUAUCAAGAUCUAAUGAAGACGCUCUUUUUGUCCAGGCAAAGAAAAUUGUUCAAGAAGCAUAAUUUUGACGUUGGCAGGUUGAAGGAGUUACAAAACAAGUGCAAAACAUCUUUGGAUGCCUCUACAUCUAUCCGGAAUCGUGUAGGAUUGGAAGUAGAACUCGAUGAUGCCGUACACAAGGAUUAGACCUUCUUCUUCUUCUUCUUCUUCUUCUUUUGUCUUUUUGUCUUUUUGUGACAAAAGUUUUGAUUAAGCAAACCCAACAUAAGAUUAUGCAAGUCCAUGUGAUACAGGAAUAACAUGUCCUGAUGUCCGUCUUAUCGCUUUAGCGGUUGCACGACUAAUAUAUAUGUACGUAUGUCAAUGAGAAAUAUCAUGCAGCUAAGGGUACUGUAAA